AUGGAUCGAUCAGGUGUAAAGAAAAUGCGUAAAAGCAGGAAAAAGCACCCGAACCUGCCGCCUGCACAGAUACAAAGCCUGUUCCAGAGAGUGCUGUGCGGGUUUAUCAUUGCCACCCAGUACGUUACUACUUUUGUGGCUGUUUUGGCUCUAGAGCUGAUUGUCAACAGCAAGUUUGAUCGCGUGCGGCUUCUCUUUUCUCGGGGGAUCUACAAUGAUGUUGCUUUCUACAAGACCAUUUUUAAGCUAAAUGGGUUUUAUGUUCUCGGGACCAUUUUGAUCGUAGCCUCUGCGUUCUACAACAACAACAUCGCAGAAGAGGGCGACAGAUUUGAGUUUAUAUCUCCUGACUACAUUUUGGUCUUUGGCGGUGCUCUGUGGCUUAUAUUCAAAAUGUCUGCAUCCUGGCUGAUUUCUAGCGACAUUUUUGCCUACAAAGAUCUAAACACAAUCGCAGCUGCUGGUGCAAUACUCGCUGUGUUCUACCUGUGCCUGUGGUUCUACACGCUGAUAAACAACACUCUGUGCCUAAAAGCAGCCAUGGUGACAAAGGCGGGAGUUAUUCUCAUUUUUGGCUUUAUUUUCAUGAACUACGGAGCAUUCAUAAACACAUGCACGUAUCUGUGCAAUGGCUGCAGCUGA